AUGAGAGAAGAAAAACAUAUAUCGAAGAUGAAAGGGAGAAUGGCGAAGGAGGAGGAGGAGGAGGAGCCGCUCAGCCCGAUGGCGCGUGUAUUCCAAUCGCCGGAGAUAGACUACUGCGCCGUCACCAUCAUGGGGUUCAAAACCAAGAUUAGACCCGACGUUGUUCUCGAUGCCUUGAGGCAUAAUGUCUCCAAGCAUCCUCGUUUCUCCGCCAAACUGUCUGAAAAUGGUGCAAAAUGGAUAGAGGCUCAAGUCAAUGUAGAAGACCAUGUAGUUGUACCAUACAUAAACCAAGAAGAGAUUGGUGAAGAUGGACAAGGCUUCGUCGAUGACUACAUCUCACGUCUUACAACGAUUCCUCUUGAUAGAUCAAGACCUUUGUGGGACAUGCACAUCCUUAACGUCAAAACCUCAGAUGCUGAAGCAGUCGGUGUAAUAAGAUCUCACCAUUCACUGGGAGAUGGAAUGUCCUUGAUUUCCCUCAUGCUCGCAUGUACCCAUAAAACAUCAGACCCUGACACGUUUUCUAAUGCUAUUCCUUCCUUGAAACGGCGUAAAACGGCGCCGCAUGGCCUUAAAAACAAAAGCUGGUUCUUAAGGUCGAUAUUCACCAUCGGUUCUGCAACGAGGCUGAUUUGGAAUACAAUCGUAGAUAUGCUGCUUCUUUUGGCGACUCUGUUGUUUUUGAAGGAUACAAAGACGCCUCUAAAAGGCGACGCGGAUGUCGGGACUAAUCCAAAGAGAUUUUAUCACCGAACUAUCAAUUUGGAUGACAUUAAACUUAUAAAGAACGCUAUGAACAUGAAUUUUCGUGUUGGAUAUGUAUCUAAAGUUUCACACGUGUAUAUCUUGUUUCUUGAAAAACAAGGCAAAAAGAUUGAGGAGGAGGAUGGAGCAUUGGCAUCAUAUAAGAACCAUCUGCCACGUCGACUACGAUUCCGUUCAGGUUGUACAGUUAAUUUGAGGUCGGACAUCGGGUUCAAGCCUUUGGCAGAUAUGAUGGUGAAGAAUUCAAAAUGCAGAUGGGGAAACUACUUUAGUUUUAUCAUUUUGCCCUUCUCCAUCGGUUUACAAAACGAUCCAUUGGUUUAUCUUAAAAUAUCAAAAUCCACGAUGGCUCGAAAGAAGAACUCUUACCACGCUGCUCUAGUGUAUUUAAUUAUCAAAAUCGUCCUAAAAGUGUUGGGAGCUAAGGUAGCAGCAAGAAUAUUUAACCGACCCGUAAUGAACACAACGACAUGCGUUUCAAACGUCAUCGGUCCCAUGGAAGAAAUCAGUUUCCGUGGCCAUCCUGUCGCUUACAUCGCUCCAAGCUCUUACGGACACCCACAAGCAUUGUUGGUACAUUACAUAAGUUAUGCGGGGAAGAUGACAAUCUCGUUGGCGGUUGAUCCUACUGUCAUACCAGAUCCUCACAAGAUAUGUGAUGAAAUGGAAAAGUCAUUGAAAGCGAUGAAAGCUGCUCUUUCGGAAAGAGGGUUACUAUAA